AUCAGCAGGGCUCGGGAGAGGUGGAUGUUUCAGGUCCUUGAGCAGAACAGAAACGUUCAGCAAGGUAUUGUGCUGAAGUACUGCCUUUUGGGCUCUCCCAGGACCUGAUGGCUUUCUGAUACGUCGCUCCUGAGGGGCUGGCAGGAGCAUGGUUAAACACCAACCACUGCAGUACUACGAGCCACAGCUAUGCUUAUCAUGCCUGACCGGGAUCUACGGCUGCCGGUGGAAACGGUACCAGCGGUCACAUGAUGACACUACCAAGUGGGAGCGCCUCUGGUUCCUGAUCCUCACCUCAUCCUUCUUCCUGACUCUGGUCUGGUUUUACUUCUGGUGGGAAGUUCACAAUGACUACAAUGAAAUCAACUGGUUUUUAUAUAACCGAAUGGGAUAUUGGAGUGACUGGUCCAUUCCAAUACUUGUAACAACUGCUGCUGGCUUUACGUACAUUACAGUGUUACUGAUACUAGCACUAUGUCACAUAGCUGUGGGACAGCAAAUGAACCUACACUGGCUUCACAAGAUUGGCCUGAUGACGACCUUGAUAACCACCGUGGUGACAAUGUCAUCGAUAGCACAGCUCUGGGACGACGAAUGGGAGAUGGUAUUUAUCUCACUGCAGGCCACAGCCCCUUUCUUGCACAUAGGAGCACUUGCAGCAGUCACAGCCUUGUCGUGGUUGAUAGCAGGGCAGUUUGCACGAAUGGAGAAAGCCACUUCUCAGAUGCUGAUGAUCACUGCAUACCUCGCGGUCGUAGUUGCACUUUACCUCGUCCCCCUCACCAUCUCAUCCCCUUGCAUAAUGGAGAAGAAGGCUCUGGGACCAAAGCCAGCCAUCAUAGGUCACCGUGGGGCACCGAUGUUGGCACCAGAAAAUACCCUGAUGUCCUUCCAGAAGGCGGUGGAGCAGAAGAUAUAUGGAGUCCAGGCUGAUGUCGUACUCAGCUAUGAUGGAGUGCCAUUUCUGAUGCAUGACAAGACACUCAGGAGAACAACGAAUGUGGAGGAAGUGUUUCCAGGGCGGGCCUACGAACACUCUUCCAUGUUCAACUGGACUGACCUGGAAAUGCUCAAUGCUGGAGAGUGGUUCCUACGGAACGACCCUUUCUGGACAGCUGGGUCCUUCUCAAGGUCUGACUACUUGGAAGCUGCAAACCAGUCUGUCUGCAAGCUAGCAGAUAUGCUGGAGGUGAUCAAGGAUAACACAUCACUCAUCCUGAACUUCCAGGACCUGCCACCAGAUCAUCCCUAUUACACGUCUUACAUCAACAUCACCCUGAAGACCAUCCUAGCGUCGGGAAUUCAGCAACGAGCUGUGAUGUGGCUGCCAGACACGGAGCGGCAGCUGGUCAGGCAGAUUGCUCCAGCUUUCCAGCAGACUUCUGGCCUCAAGUUGGAUGCAGAGCGCUUGAGAGAGAAGGGCAUCGUGAAGCUCAACCUGCGUUACACCAAGGUCACGAACGAGGACGUCAGAGACUACCUGGCAGCAAACCUGAGCGUGAAUCUGUACACUGUGAAUGAGCCCUGGCUGUACUCCAUCCUGUGGUGCACUGGUGUCCCGUCGGUCACCUCCGACAGCUCCCACGUCCUUCGCAAGGUGCCUUUUCCCAUCUGGUUGAUGCCUCCAGACGAGUACCGCCUAAUCUGGAUCACAUCUGAUCUCAUUUCAUUUAUCAUAAUUGUAGGAGUUUUUAUAUUCCAGAAGUGGCGCUUAGGAAGCAUCAGGACCUACAACCCAGAGCAGAUCAUGCUCAGCGCUGCCGUCCGCCGGUCCAGUCGGGAUGUCAAGAUCAUGAAGGAGAAGCUGAUCUUCUCAGAGAUCAACAACGGCGUGGAGACCACAGACGAGCUGUCCCUCUGCUCUGAAAAUGGCUAUGCCAACGAGAUGGUCACCCCCACGGAUCAUCGGGACACCAGGCUGCGGAUGAACUGAGGGGCUCCAGCCCAACCCCACGUCUGGCCAACCCCGUGUUUGCAACGAGAGCUGCGCUCUCCUGCUUGCCAUGGGAUGGGAAACUUUGAUGAACUGCUGGCCGGGCAGAGAUCCCUUUCCAUUCCACCAUCAGUGGCUGCUCCACCUCUCUGGUUCUGAGAUUGAGGGGCUUUUUUUGUAAAUAUGUAGAAAAUCUGAAUUCUUUUUUGUCUUUUUUUUUCUUUUUGUUUCUUGAGUGUAAUUUUUCCAGGGCAUGAAUGGAAAUACCGUGUUCAUUAAACCCUCUACAUUAUGGCUGAAGCUAUUUGAACCUUGACGUGACAGCCUGAGUCCCCCUGGGGGGAGUUUGGGACAGUUCCCCCCACCCUGCUCCAUUCCUUCCCUUGAUGCAUCGACUGUGUAGCUGAAUUGUUUAAACUGUAUGUUGUGAA